UUCUUUUGGCAGCCAAGUCCUCCAUCGUGCAUAGCUCCAUGCGGUGGCAAUCUAACAGGGUCUGCUGGCUUUAUUCUGUCUCCAAAUUUUCCUCACCCGUAUCCACACAGCAGGGACUGCGACUGGACAAUUACUGUCAAUCCAGACUAUGUAAUUUCAUUGGCUUUCAUUAGCUUCAGCAUUGAACCUAAUUAUGACUUCUUGUAUAUUUACGAUGGCGCUGAUGGCAAUAGUCCCCUGAUUGGAAGUUUUCAGGACAGCAAGUUACCAGAAAGAAUUGAAAGUGGUUCAAACAACAUGCAUUUGGCUUUUCGAAGUGAUGGAUCUGUUAGUUUCACUGGCUUUCAUUUGGAAUAUAAAGCUAAAUUAAGGGAAUCUUGUUUUGAUCCUGGUAAUAUAAUGAACGGCACAAGACUCGGCAUGGAUUAUAAACUUGGGUCUACUGUUACUUACUACUGUGAUGCUGGCUAUGUCCUGCAAGGAUAUUCUACCCUUACAUGUAUCAUGGGGGAUGACGGAAGACCUGGGUGGAACAGAGUAUUACCAAGCUGCCAUGCUCCAUGUGGAAGUCGCUCUACUGGCUCAGAAGGCACCGUAUUAUCACCAAACUAUCCCAAAAACUACAGUAUUGGACACAACUGCGUGUAUUCCGUUGCAGUUCCCAAAGAGUUU